AUGCCUCGAAUCCCAAUACGCAACAAGCAGGCGGGCUUUUCGGGUCUACGGCAGCAUCGCAACCUCAGCAAACCGGAGGGUUGUUUGGGACGGCUACCAACACCCAGCAGCAGCAGCAAGGCGGAGCAAAGUGGUGGGCUAUUCGGAUCCGCCGCCGCGAGUCAACCCCAGCAGACUGGUGGGCUGUUUGGCUCGGCACCAGCAGCGCAACCGCAGCAGCAGACUGGAGGACUGUUCAGCGGCCUGGGGAGCACGUCACAACCGCAGCAGAGCGGAGGUCUAUUUGGGCAGGCGGCCGGCGCGCAGCCGGCAAGCAGCUUGUUUGGAGCCGGCAAUGUGCAAACGCAGCAGCCGCAGCCGCAGCAGAGCAGUAACCCUUUCGGAGGCUCUCUAUUCGGCAACCCGCAGAGCAAACCCGCCGCGCCGUCACUUUUCUCAACAGCACCCACCUCCCAAGCCCAGCCCUCCCUCUUCGCUCCCUCCGCCGCAAACCUCACCACGCAACAGCAACCCUCCCUCUUCAACGCCAGCUCCAACAAACCCAACCCCUUCAGCCUCACACUCGGCCAGAACCCCAACAUGCAAGCCCCCAACCCCCUAGGCGGUAGCCUCUCGGGCCAAUCCACCACCGCCUCCACCGUUCCCGGCGUACGCAUCGACCUCAGCUCCAUCCGCGGCACGACCCGCUUCAGCGACCUGCACGAAGACCUCCAAAAGCAAGUCCUCGCAAUCGACGAGUUCAUCUCCGUGCAGCAGAACCACGCGUCUCAGUGCGCGCAGAUGAUGAAGCCGCACGCCGCGAACCUAGCGUACAUACCCAACGACGUCGAGUUUGUGAGCGGACGCGUCGAGGCGGUUGAGACGGCGCUGGACAAUGACGCCGAGGCUGUGAGGAGGGUCAAGGAGGUCGUGGCGAGGGAUGUGGAGGAUGGGAGGCUUAGCUUCAAUGCUAUCGAUGCGCUGAGGCUGCCGGGGGCGUACCAUCUAGGGCAGCAGCACCAGCAGCAGAUGUAUGGGAGCUUCAUGGGUCUGGGACAUCAUGGCGUCGAUCGGGCGCCUCCGCCACCCUCAACUAUGGGCGACGCCUCGGAAGCCAACGGGUCGGCGCAGGACAUCGUGGGAUAUUUCUCUAACAAGGCGGCAGAGAUGAGUCAGGCGUUGGAGAGCUACAACAAACACAUCUCGGAGAUCGAGCAGCAUCUACGGACUGUCGAGGCGGGGACGAUGGCCCGGGCGGAGGAGCUGAUGGCAAGAGGCGCGAGGGACGCGGAGGGCGGCAAGGAAGCUAGGGUUAGGGAGCUGGUGGGCACGUUGAAGGCGUUUGAGAUGGCCAUCUUGAACGCGGCGGCUAAGGUCGGGUCGUGCAGGGAGGGGGUUGUGGAGGUUACAGUAGCGGGGUUGGGAGGGAGGAGAUGA